GCAGAAGGAGGCUGGUCGCUCCCUGUUGUCGCUCUGUUUGGGGGAAAAAAAGCUUUAAACUAAAUUAAAAUAACAUUUCCGGCACAUAUCGAGCUCGUUUUCUCUGAAUAAAAGAGUAACGACCCAAAGCUAACCUACAGUACGGGGUCGCGUUAACUGAAGAAGCCAUUAAACGACCGUUACACGUCACUGCACGUCAAUUAAAUCUACAUUAAAGUGUUCAAAGCGGAGCCACCGCCCACCACGUGAACUCAAACGUGUGGUUAAGAUGGCGCAGUGGGAGCAGCUCCAGCUGCUGGACUGCAAGUACCUGGAGCAGGUGGACCAGCUGUACGACGACUCGUUCCCCAUGGACAUCCGGCAGUACCUGAGCAGGUGGAUCGAGAGCAUCGACUGGGACACGGCAGCGUACCAGGACUCUCUGGCCACCGUCAGGUUCCACGACCUCCUCACGCAGCUGGACGACCAGCACGGCCGCUUCGCCCUGGACAACAACUUCCUGCUGCAGCACAACAUCCGCUUGAUCAAGAGGAACCUGCAGAACCGGUUCCAGGAGGAACCGGUCCACAUGGCCAUGGUGAUCUCCAGGAACCUGAAGGAGGAGAAGAAGAUCCUGGAGAAUGCCAAGAACACCGAGAAUAACAUUUCCCAGGUCAGCGAGGGCUCCGUGUCGGCCACGAUGGUGGAGAAGCAGAAGCUGGACAACAAAGUGAAGGACAUGAAAGACAGAAUUCAGGUGGCGGAUCAGUACUUCAAGAACCUUGAAGACCUGCAGGACGAGUACGACUUCAAAGUCAACAAUCAGAAGAACAGAGAGAACGACGUGAACGGCUUGUCGGCGAUGGAGCUGGCGAAGGAGAAGAUGACGGUGGAGAGGAUGUGCCUGGACCUGAAAACCAAACGCCAGGAGGCGGUGACGCAGCUCUCCGACCUGCUGACCGCCACCCAGGCGCUGCUGGCCGACCUGAUCUCAGAGGAGCUGCCGGAGUGGAGGCAGCGGCAGCAGAUCGCCUGCAUCGGGGGGGCGCCCAACGCCUGUGUGGACCAGCUGCAGAGCUGGUUCACCUCAGUAGCAGAGAGUCUCCAGCAGGUGCGUCAGCACCUGAACAAGCUGCAGGAGCUGGAGCAGAAGUUCACGUACGAGCACGACCCCAUCACGCAGAAGAAGGAGUCCCUGGAGGCCCGAGCCCUGGGCCUCCUCCAGAGCCUCCUGUCCAGCUCUCUGGUUGUAGAGAGGCAGCCCUGCAUGCCCACCCACCCUCAGAGACCCCUGGUGCUGAAGACAGGCGUCCAGUUCACCGUGAAACUCCGGUUCCUGGUGAAGCUGCAGGAGUUCAACUACCAGCUGAAGGUCAAGGCCCUGUUUGAUAAAGACGUGACGGAGAAGAAAGGGUUUCGAAAGUUCAAUAUUUUGGGAACAAACACCAAAAUCAUGAACAUGGAGGAGUCGAACGGGAGCCUGGCGGCAGAGUUCAGGCACCUGCAACUGAAGGAGCAGAAGGUUCCCGGCAACAGAAACAACGAGGGGCCUCUGAUCGUCACUGAGGAGCUUCACUCUCUCAGCUUCGAGUCCGAGCUGCAGCACAACCAGUCGGGACUCAACAUCAAGCUGGAGGCCAUUUCUCUGCCCGUCGUGGUCAUCUCCAACGUGUGCCAGCUGCCCAGCGGCUGGGCCUCCAUCCUCUGGUACAACAUGCUGACCACCGAGCCCAAGAACCUGAAGUUCUUCCUGAAGCCUCCUCUGGCCCGGUGGUCCCAGCUGUCCGAGGUCCUCAGCUGGCAGUUCUCUGCGGUGACGCAGCGAGGCCUGAACCAGGAGCAGCUCAACAUGCUGGCCGACAAGCUGCUGGGAGCAAAGGCCAAGAGGAACCCGGAGGGACAGAUCCCCUGGGUCAAGUUCUGCAAGCAGCAGAGUGCCAAUGAGAAGGCGUUCCCCUUCUGGUUGUGGAUCGAGGGGAUCCUGGACCUGAUCAAGAGGCACCUCCUCCCCCUCUGGAACGACGGCUCCAUCACGGGCUUCCUCAGCAAGGAGAGGGAGAAGGCUCUGCUGAGCGACAAGUGUCCCGGAACCUUCCUGCUGCGCUUCAGUGAGAGCAGCCGGGACGGAGCCGUCACCUUCACCUGGAUCGAGCACGACGUGCACGACAAGCCUCUGUUCCACUCCGUGGAGCCGUACACCAAGAAGGAGCUGUCCGCCGUCUCCCUGGCCGACAGCAUCCGCACCUACAAGAUAAUGGCGGCGGAGAACAUCCCGGAGAACCCGCUCCUCUUCCUCUACCCCGACAUCCCCAAAGUCAAGGCCUUCGGGAAGUACUACCCCAAACCCUCAGAGUCGCCGGAGCCCAUGGACGUGGAGAACGGCCCGGAGAAGAGCGGCUACAUAAAGAGGGAGCUCAUACCCGUCUCAGAAGUACAUCCGUCCAGGCUGCAGGACAACAUAAUGCCGAUGUCGCCUGACGACUACAAGGAGCUGUCGCAGUACAUCAGCCCCAGAGACGUCGACGCUGUGAUGAAUGUAGUUUUCUGACCAGAUCUGAGGAGUUCCUUCUUCUUCUUCUUCUUCGUCGUGUCAUGUGAUCCUCGAGGUGUAACCAGAUCCUGUGACUUCCUGUGAAUAGCUCCCCCUGGUGAAGAACUUCAUCCGGCCUGAAUGGAACAUGAGAUCUGCCAUUUUAUUUCUGUACAUAUAUAUUUCUUUUUAUUGGAAUGUGAACCUUAAACUGUAAUGAUCACAUGGUUUGGCCUGUGUGUACGGCACCGGUAAAGGGUAAACUUUUUACUCGUUUAUUUUUCCUUUAUGUAUAUGUGCCGUACCAGUGUUUUUAUCAGGGGCCUCAAGUGAGCUUGGGUUUAGUUAGGAUAAUGUGUUUUGUAUUAUAAUUGUAAUUAUUAUUAUUGUUGUGUCACGGACCUAUAAAAGGUGACGAGGGGGAAGUGACGCGAGGGGUUUUGUUUGGAGCGCGCUGACAGGCUCCGGUGUUGAGCGGCUCAGGACGGCAGCACGCCCGCGGCUACUUCGAUUGUGGAUUUAUGCCAACGGGCGGGAUCUUUACUGAGAAGACUGCGCAGGAACACUGUCAACUGAGCCAGCACCGACCGGACUAGGGUGACGUAGCGCGGGGAGUGAACGCGGCGCCUCGCCACGUUUCCGCCUGUUCGGACAGCUGUUUGCCGGCUUUUUGGGCAUUUACUUUUGUUUUGGGGAACUGCAAAGACCUUGGGGGACUGUCGGGAUCCGGGGAUUAUACUUUGUUUUGAGUGGGUUUGAUUGUUUGUUGGGUGUGUUCAUUUUGGAAGCUUGCUGAUGCAUUGAAUUUUAUUUAAUAUAAUAAUAUUUGAGUUUACACAUUUCGUCUGUUUUUCUUUUACGACCGUUUGAGCGGACACUUAACACCAUAAUUCGCAGAUCCGCCCAUUCCCUUUUUUUUUGCGUAUUGUACCUUUUCCCCUUGAUUGAUUUAUAAGGGCGAAUUGUUACAAAACCUUAAAUUAAAUAGUAUUAAUCAGAAUGUGAAUCUUCAUGUUUAUAUCGCUGGGAUCUAAAAUCACGACUUUACAGUUUUAAAGGUUUAAAGUAAGACGCUUGUUACGCUCUCCUGGCUGAUCUUUUUAUAUCUGAGAAACUCUUCAACUUCAGGGGAGCUAACGCCUGUGUUGAUGUGUUGAUGUGUUAAAUGUGUUUGAUGAGUUUAAAUAAACCAUGUAGCACUUACAUUAUGACAGCUUUAAAUCCA